AUGGAGGCAGGGUCAUCAUCAGGAGGGUCUUCAGCUGGUGGUGUUGUGAGUGAUCAGGGAAGAGAAGAAAAGCAAAAGGAAAUGAGAGAAAAGCUAAGUGAGGUUUGUGGAGUUGGAGAAGAAGAAGAAGAAGAAGAUGAUGAUGAUAAGAGCAAUGGGAUUGCUUCUGGUUUUGUACCUGGGCCUUUGGUUUCUCUUAAGGAACAGAUUGAUAAAGACAAGGAUGAUGAAAGCUUAAGGAAGUGGAAAGAGAAGCUGCUUGGUUGCUUGGAAAACGAUUUAAAUGGCCAAAUGGAACCUGAAGUCAAAUUCCACUCCAUCGGAAUCAUUUCCGAUGAUUUCGAGGAAAUCAGUACUCCCUUGCCUGUUGAUGAAAAUCAGAUUGACCGUGUCCUGUUUACACUCAAGGAAGGAUCUCGAUAUCAGCUUAAGCUAACAUUUAGUGUUCUGCACAACAUUGUUUCAGGCCUCACCUACUCCAACACAGUAUGGAAAGGAGGGCUCCAAGUUGAUCAGAGCAAAGGAAUGUUGGGUACAUUUGCUCCUAACAAAGAACCAUACGUGCACACCUUGGAAGAGGAGACAACUCCAUCUGGGUUGCUGGCAAGGGGCAUUUAUUCAGCAAAGCUUAAGUUCGAAGAUGAUGACCGGAGAAGUCACAUGGAACUACAAUACACCUUCGAGAUCAAAAAGGGCAGUUAG